AUGCCUUCGAGCGAUGGCCUGCGCGACUUUUCGGCCUUCGACUUCGCAGUGAAGGAUACAGUGCCGGCUCCGGAUGUUGAUCUGCCCACCCAGAUGGACAGUCUCGAAGCCACACAGCAAAUCCUUUCUCCGAGUUUCGACCAUUUCAUGACCAUGCCCUACGACUUCAUCUACCCGUUGCCACAGAUGGAUCUCGCUAUGCCCGAUGUGAGAGCACCGGUAGUCCAACGGGAGUGUCCACCGGAGACAGAGCAAGGACUUUCCAGGUUUGGGUCUCGAUUGCCUUGGCUCGAACAGACGACUGCAUCGGCGGGAUCAAGAACCAAGAGUAGCCACGCGGAACAGUCCACGUCGUGUCCUGCGGAGGACGUACCCUCGCCAAACCUCAAAUCGAACUUUACAUCACAUCCUAAGUUGCAAGUCACAAACAAGUGCCGGGAACGGAUUGCGUCGGAAAUGGACGCCUUCGCGGCUGUGAUCUCUCCGCAGCUCGUCCUCCCCACGAAGCACGCACUUGGUCGAUUCCUGGCAGGCUAUACUAUGGGCUUCUACGACCACAACCCGGUCAUCCACCUCCCAACCCUCGAUCUAGAGGAGGUUUCUUUGGAGCUUUUUCUGGCGUUGACAUCCAUUGGGGCGCGCUACUGCCGCGAGGAACGCAAAAGCGAGGAGCUUUUCCAAGCAGCAAAGGCAGUGGUGUUCGAACGAUUGAAAUCAGCGGGCAGUAGCAACGCGGGCAUGCACGGCGAAAGCCAUCUGACCCCCCGAAACGAGACUCAGCCCGGCCCGAAUGAUAGAUGCCUUACUAACCGAGCUCGACUUCAAGCAGUGCAAGCUCUGUUGACGCUUUUCGGGGCGUCCAUCUGGUUCAGCACAAAGGUACCCGCUCGUGCUAGAGACGCCGCCAUUCUCCGGAGUUUGCUGGGUGUGAUGGUGCACGAGAUCAGCACAAGGCCGCCCACGGAACAACUCGGCACUGAAUGGGAAACUUGGAUCCAGCAAGAAACAUUAAAACGAAUUCAAUUGCAUGCCUUUUGCCUGUCAAACAUUCAAACAAUUGCCUACGAUGCGACUCCAGCACUGACCUGGUCGUCCGUCGACCUCCCACUUCCUUGCUCGGAGCGACGCUGGCGAGCAACAGACCAGGCUACCUGGAUCCAGGCUCAAGACAACGCCGGAACUGUCAACGCUACUUUGAAGGAGAUGGUCAGCCAGCUUUUCCAAGGCGGGACAACCUCGUCGUUCUGUUUCACGUCCUUUGGGGGCUAUGUGCUCAUUCAUGCAAUCCUUCAGCACAUCUGGCUCCUUUAUCAGACCGCACAAAUACGCCCAGGGGGCCCAGUGCUGCAGAGUGCGGAUUGUGCUUUGAUAGAGCAGGCCCUUCGUCGAUGGUGCAUUGGUUGGGAACAAAACAAGGAAUCGUCCAUGGAUCCUAUCAGUCCCAAUGGGCCCCUGGCAUUUACAUCGACAGCCUUGUUGCGGCUGGCCUAUAUUCAAAUUAGCGUCAGCCCUAAACUGACACCGCUUUUGAGCGCAUGGAACCCGACAGAGAUUGCGCGACUCCUCAGUAAUAUAUCACCCAUCCAACGAAGUGACCGUGUUACAACCGCGGUCCUUCACUGCGCCCAUGCGCUCAGUAUACCCGCGAAGCUUGGUAUUGAAUUUGUUGCCCACACAAUGUCCUUUUUCUGGUCCAACCAGCAUGCGCUUUGUGCUUUGGAAUCGGCAAUGCUGUUGUCGAAGUGGCUGGAAGCUGUAACGGUCGUGAAUCCCCAGCCGCCAUUGACGGAUGCUGAGGUUCAGCUCCUUCAGUUUGUCAAUGAGAUUUUGGCGGAGACUGAGCAGGAGCCUGCCCUCGAACAUCUCGGUGCGACCAGUGUACGCCUCAAUUCCCUCGUGGUGCGAGUAUGGGCGAAAAUAUUUCGUGCCGGUAGCGUCUGGGAUUUUGUCGAUCUUGUAGGAGACUCUUUGGAGGAAUAUGCAGAUCUGCUGGACAGUCAGUAG